UUCAAACCGGCGGCGCGCGGGCGGUGGCGGGCCCGGACCGGGAACCAGGGCCGAGACCGAGACCAGCCCCACCCGGCGGGCCCGGAGCCCAGACCGGGAGCGGGGCCGAGGUUGAGAGCUACUGCAGCCGUAGUCGAGACCGGGAGCGGGGCCGGGAGCAUUGCCGGGCCAUGCAACGCGCCAAGACCCCCGCCGCGCAGAAGCGGCCCCGGCGCGCCCCACUGCAGGAACUGCAGCUGCAGUCGGGCGCCGACCGGACCAGCCUGACCCCCCUGCUCCGCCGGCUGCGGCUCAAGGACUGUGCCACACCAGUGUCCUGUGCCCGGGGCCCCCGCAGCAGCAUCACCACGGUCCCUCGCACCCCAGGACCCCCGCGAAGUGCUACUAUGGGCCCCCCCAGCAGCACCACCUCGGUGCCUUGCACCCUGGAGCCCACCAUUUUGGCGUCCCCCAGGACCUCCACCUGCGACCUUGGGACUCCCAUUCUUAAGCCUGGUGCCGCUGAGGCCCCCAGCAAUGCCACCCUUAUUCCUGGUGCUUUGGAGACCUCCAGCAGCCCCAGCCCAGAGGCCCCUGGCAGUCCUGUCCCAGUGUCCAGCACGCCAGAGCUCCCUGACAACACCAUGUCAGCCCCUCUGUGCAGUCCAGUACUGGGACCCAGCACCUCAGAGCCCCCCAGCAGCACUGUGCCAGCCUCUGUGUGCAGCUCCAUCCCAGUGCCCAGCACCCCAGAGCCCUCAAGCAGCACCAUUCCAGUUCCCCAGUGCAGCUCCAUCCCUGCGCCCAGCACCCCAGAGCCCUCCAGAAGCACUGUGCCAGCCUCUGUGUGCAGCUCCAUCCCAGUGCCCAGCACCCCAGAGCCCUCCAGCAGCACCAUUCCAGUUCCCCAGUGCAGCUUCAUCCCUGCUCUGAGCACCCCAGAACCCUCCAGCAGCACUGUGCCAGUCUCCCUGUGCAACUCCAUCCCGGUGCCCAGCACCCCAGAGCCCUCCAGCAGCACCAUUCCAGUUCCCCAGUGCAGUUCCAUUCCAGUGCCUGGCACCCCAGAGCCCUCCAGCAGCACUGUGCCAGCCUCUGUGUGCAGCUCCAUCCCGGUGCCCAGUACCCCAGAGCGCUCCAGCAGCACCAUUCCAGUUCCCCUGUGCAGCUCCAUCCUAGGAUCCAGCACCCCAGAGUGCCCUGGCAACACCGUGCCAGUCUCCCCGUGCAGUUCCAUCCCAGUGGCCAGCAUCUUGGAGUCCCCUGGCAGCACCAUGUGCAGCCUUGUCCUGGGGCCCUGCACUCUGGAAUCCCCUGGCAGCACCACCCCAGGGCUCCCCAACAUUAUGAGCUCGGUGUCUUGCAACCCAAACUCUCCAGGCAGCUCUGCUCUACCCCCCUGCAGCUCUGGGUCCCCUGGCAAUGCCAGCAUAGCCUCCUGCACCCCAGGGCCCCCUGGCACCAGCUCCACUCCCCAGAAGACUCCCUUCCGCAGGUGGCGAGCAGCACCUCCAGACUUUUCCUGCAGCUCUGUGGCCUCUGAGCCCCCAUCUACAAAUGGGAGUGCUGAUCAUCUGCAUUGCCAAGGCACCCCUGAGGGAGCCGAGUUCCCUGCCCCUGUCUCUCCAGAACAGAGCCCACCUGGUCUCUCUGCCAUCGAGGCAAGUGGGUUGGAGCCUGCUGGGUCUGAAGCCACUGUCACCCCUGUCACCUCGCCUGAAUCAACCCUGGGUACGGUGUCCUGGACGUUACCACUGGUGUGGCUGGAGAAAACCCUCAACACCUCGUUCCUGGUGGAAUCCCUGAGGCACAGCCUGCCCCUCCGCAAGCUACAGCAGGAUGCCAGCAGCAGUGUCACCCCUGUGCCCACUGCAGUCGCCAACACCAGCACGACCCCUGUACCAACUGUGGUCACUGGCACCAGCACAACCCCUGUGUCAACUGUGGUCACUGGCAUCAGCACAACCCCAGUGCCCACCAUGGUCACUGGCACCAGCAUAACCCCUGUGCCCACUGUGGUUGCUGGCACUGGCACAACCCCCGUGCCGACUGUGGUCACUGGCACCAGCAUGACCCCUAUAUCCACUGUGGUUGCUGGCACCAGCACAACCCCAGUGCCCACUGCAGUCGCUGGCACCAGCACAACCCCUGUGCCCACUGUGGCCGCUGGCACCAGCACAACCCCAGUGCCAACUGUGGUCACUGGCACCAGCAUGACCCCCGUGCCAACUGUGGUUGCUGGCACCAGCACAACGCCAGUGCCCACCACAGCCAUUGGAACCAGCAUGACCCCAGUGCCCUCUACAGCCACGGGCACCAGCAUGACCCCGGUGCUCUCCAUGGCCACUGGCACCUUCAUGACACCUCGGGACGUGUGGGAGAGGAGCAUGAACACAUCCAGGGGAAGCCUCCCCUGUGCCAAGGACAGUGCUGCGGAAACAGACUCCCUGCUCUGGCACUGUCCCCGGGAGCAGCUGAAGACCCUGCCACGGGCAGAGCUGGAGGGGAGGCUGGAGAGCACCCUCAUCAUCAUCGAGGCCCUCUCGCUGCAGCUGCGUGACUGGCAGGAGAGCCAGCAGCUGCGGCCUGACGUGGGGCCGGCCAAGCAGAGGGACGCGCUCACACAGACGGACACCACCCACCCCGAAGGGAGCACCUGGAGCAGCCAGAGCCUCCUGUUCUGGGGCCUCGCGGAUGCUGCUUUUCGCAGCUUGCAGGAUGAGCAGGGAGCCCUCGCGCAGGAGAGGGAGCAGGAGAGGACCCUGGUGUCCCAGUGCCAGGCUGUGCUUGAGAGUGCUCCCAGCAAGGUGCAGAGCUGCCUGGAAGAGCGGGAUGCCAUCAGGCAGCGAGUGGAUGAAGCUCUACGAGCUAAGGAUCAGGGAUAUCUCUUCCUGGAGGCUUUCUGUGCCCAUGCCAGUGCCCAGAUCAGUGCCCGUGACCAGAGCCUGGCCUCCCAGCAAGAGCUGAGCACGCUGCUGGCCCAAGCCAUCAACCUGCAGGCAUCCCUGUCUGCCGAGGCGCAGUCUUUCCGGGAAUUCUUAGAUGCCACCUUUGAAAAUCUGGAGAAGGAAAGGAGGGCCCUGGAUGAGGAGCGGGAGCAGAUGAGGGCCCUGGUGUCCCAGUCCCAUGCCCUAUUGGAGCAUGUGCCUGGCAAGCUGCAGAGCUGCCUGGAGGAGCUGGCUGCCGCACGGGAACAAGCAGAGGAAGCCCUUCAAGCCAAGGAGGAGGCAUCCUGCCAGCUGGAGAAGACCUUGGUGACCCUGCAGGACACAGAGGCUCAGCUGGAGCAGCUGACAGUGGCCUACUCACGCCUGAGCAAAGACCUGAACUCUGUGAUGAUAAAUCUGGCCAGCAUGGAGCAGGAGCGGGAUGCGCUGCAGCAGGAGAACGAGAAGCAGUGGGAAGAGAUGGCCCAGCUGGCGCAGGAGAAGAACUCCCUGCAGCAGGAGUGCAAGGAGCUGUGCCAGGAGCUGCAGGAGGCCACCGAGUGCCGGGAGUUCCUGAAUCAGGAGAACCAAAUGUGCCGCACACAGCUGCUGGAGGUGGAGGCCAGGCUGAACUCCACGCAGGCCACGCUGCAGGAGCGCAUCCUGCAGCUCAAGGAGCUGAUGGAGUCCCACCAACGCCUGCGGGAAGAGCAGGCUGCCCUCAGCAAGGAGCUGGACAGCACCAAGGCUGAGCUCCUCAGCUUGCAGACAAAGAGAAAUAAAGUUUCUUGGUGCUCCACGGACAUUAUGGAGAGCAAGAUGCGGUUGCAGGAGCUCGCUGACUGCCUCAAGGCUGCUCUGGAAGAGCAGGAUGAUGAUGCAGCUCCAUCGAGAAGCAAAGCCUGGACCCCAGGUCCCCGGACCCCGGGCUGGCAGACCCCACGCCGUGCCUGGACCCCGGCCUUCCGCACCCCGGCCUUCCACACGCCGUCAUGCCACACGCCACACCGUGCCAGCAGCUCCUUCGUGGGCAGCGUCCUGAACGCUGUGGCAGGGAAAGAUGCCAAUGAAACCACCAGAAGUGGGAGUACAGUUGCCAAGGACAAACUUGCAUCUUUGUCAAAGGCAAUAGAUCCUGAGGACACUCUGCUGGAGAGUGUGAAGGAGCUGAGAGCUGUGGUCUCCAACCUUGCCUUGCUGAGCUCCCGCAUCCAGGAACUGGAGCAGAGCGAGUUCAGGGCGCUGCAGAUGGAGAUCUCCGACCUGCAGCUCCGCCUGGAGACAAUGACAGCUGAGAGCCAGGAGAAGGUGGAUGCCCAGGCUGCCACCAUUGCCAAGCUGAACAAGGCACUGAGGACCAAGCUUGAGACUGAGAAGGAGCUGCAGGACGUGGUGAAACAGCAGGAAGAGAAGAUGUUGCAACUCAUCGACAAGAGUGGGGAAGUCAUGAGGCUGAAGGCAGAAGUCUCCGAGCUGAAGCGCUUGCUCCAGCGUGCAGAGACAGAGGCCAAGGUGCUGUGGGAGGAGAUGAGGGGCAAGGAGCACCAGGGGGACACUGCCUACGUCCAGGAGCGGGUCAUGCUGCGGCGGGAGGUGGAUAAACUGAGGCUGCUGCUUGUGGAAAAAGAGGAUGAGAACAUACGGCUCACUGACAAGUACCUGGAGCAGGUCCGAGGGUUGGAGAUGAAGUUCCAUCAUACCCAGAAAGUGCUGAGGACCCACGAGGAGAAGCAGGAGAAGAUAAAAGAGGUCCUGUCGGCUCUCCCUGAAGUGGCUCUGGGUUGCCAGGAGCUCCAGAGCCUGCUGCGCUACCUGGGCCUGAAGCCAGCCACCAAGGAAGCUGCUGAGCCGCUAUAGCCUGUAGCCUGAAACCUUUCCUGUUGUUAAUGUUGUAAUUAUUUAUUGAAUAAAGUUGUGUUGGCUUUUA